AUGCAUCUACUUACUACAUACCCACGGCUAAUCAUUCAAUUGGCCGCCACAACCAUGGAUUUCCUUAUGCUCCUGGCCGUUCUCUUAUGCCUCCUAGCCGGAAUGGCCUUUGGACGAGGGUACACUAGGCGAGCCCGUCCUCAGGCGACCACCCACCACGUCAGCGCCCCAGCUGUUGCUCACCGAGCGCUCAUCGAGAACGCCGAUCAAUUCUUUAACCGGCCAGGGACGAGCGUCCCCGGCUCCCUCGCCAUCUGGCGCAAUGGCGAACGGAACGACAACAUAGCCACGGUGAUGUACGGCCCGCAUUUGCGAGUGCUCCGGUGCAACCUCACCGCCGAGAUCCUCUCACGCCUUGGUUCCUUAGCCCCACUGCACGAGGAGGCAGCUCGGGCCCUCGUCGCGGACUUGUCCGCCCUAUGCCGCGGCGGCGGCGGCGGCGAGGUGGCCAUCCGUGAGCCACUCACCACGGCUGUGUUCGCGCUAGCCACACGCAUGUGCUUCGGCGACAUUGUCGACGCCGGCCACAGGAUCACCAUGGGGGAGGUGAUACGGCAGUCCAUUGUCCUCGCUGGAGAGCUCACAACUAGCCUCGGUGCCUCGAUGCUAUCCAAGCUCGCCAACUGGAGGCGGAUACGCCGGAUCUACACGUUGCUCGACCGGCAGGUCGAGCUGUACCUCCCUUUGAUCGCCGCACGGAGGCAGUCACAGUCUCAACUCUGCGGUAAUGGUGGCAUUGUCCGUCCAUACAUCGACACGCUCCUUGAUCUCCGUGUCCCUGAUGACGGUGAUGCCCCCGCCGGGCGUCCUCUUCGACGCGGCGAGCUGGUGGCUCUUGUCUUCGAGUUCCUUGGCGCAGCCACGGGGUCAACCGCAACAUGUGUCGAGUGGACGCUCGCCCACCUCAUCGACCAGCCGGAGGUCCAGGACAAGCUGCGCUGCGAGAUUGAUGGUGAGGCCGACGCCGGCAGGAUACUCUCGAGCAAAAGCCUUCGCAGUGGUAUGCCGUAUCUGAACGCCGUUGUGCAAGAGAGCCUCCGCAUGCAUCCGCCAGUUCCGGUCAUCAUUCGGAGCGUCCACGGCGAGGGCGCAAAAGCAAUCGGCGGCAUGACCGCUGUGCCGGUGGACGGCGCGAUGGUGGUGUUCAACCUUGGUGACAUCGGAAGAGACGAGAAGACGUGGACCAAUCCCGACAAGUUCCAGCCGGAGCGGUUCCUGGGCGGAGGCGAGGCUGAGGACAUCGGCCCGGCGCCAGGCCCCAAGGAGAUAAGGAUGAUGCCGUUCGGCGCGGGACAUAGGCGCUGCCCGGCUGUGAACAUGGGAAUGCUGCACAUCAAGUGCUUCUUGGCGGCGCUCGUGCACGAGUUCGACUGGACACCGUCGGCGGAAGACUGCAGCGGCGGUGUCGACAUGACUGAGCAGGCCGGCGGCUUUGUCAAACUAAUGAAGAAGCCACUCUGUGCGCGUGUCACACGACGCACAUAA